AAAUAUGAUUAAAUAAAUAUUUUGGGAAAUUUUAAAUUUAUAUAUUUAAUAAUUAGUCACGUUCAAUUAAAAUUUUUUUUAUAAAACUUCUGCUUUAAACUUUUAAUGUGCGUUAAUUUUUUUAAUUCGGAAUAAGUUAAAAAGAGGGGGAAUUACUGAGUUAGUAAUUUAGUUUGUCAAAGUAUAAUUUCUUAACUUAACUAAUUAGCUCAUCUAAAAAAGCUUGAGCGAAAAAAAUGGCUGCAGAAAUUAAGCCUCUUGAACAAAACAGUGAUGAAAUCAGAUCUGGUUUUGGUAGAAAAUUGAAUUUACUGAGUACCAUAGAAGGUGUUCCACUGGACAUCAACAUGGCCGUCUUGUUGGGGGGUGAGGAAGAAGGGGUCGCAGCUGUUUCUGAAGACAAAACAGUCAGAAUAUGGUUGAAAAAAAAUAAAGGAAAAUAUUGGGGCAGUGUUUGCCAACAUUUGCCAGCUACAGCUAGUAGCAUAUACUACCAGAAAGACAAGCACAAAAUCUAUGUGGGCCUCAACAAUGGAACAGUUAUGGACUUUGUUAUAACAGAUAAUGGUACCAAGUUAUCUCACAUUAGGGACGUGUUAGCUCAUGUAGAUAGAAUAACGUGCAUAGAAGUUAUACCUGCGUUAAAAUUUGUUUUCACUGGCUCCAAAGAUACGUAUCUGCAAUGGCACUGCUCAGAAUCGGGGAAGAAAUUAGGAAAAUUUAAAAUCGACGUUUGGAUUAGUUCUCUAUGCUUUGACCUGGCCUCAAAAUGUCUGUUCGUUGGUGACCUCUCUGGACAGAUAACUGUACUAAAGAUGGUUGAAGGUUCAGCUCAUUUUAUCACCGUUCUCAAAGGACAUACUGCAUCAGUAAGAUGCCUAGCCUGGGACAACGAGAAUAGUCUAUUAUUUUCUGGAGGGGGUGACAACACCAUUGUAGUUUGGGAUAUUGGCAGCAGGAAGGGGACUACUGUGGAACUAUCUGGCCAUCAAGAUAGAGUUGAAUGCCUGAUAUACAUUCCUACAUUCAAGCAGCUGUUGUCAGGGGGUUAUGAUAGUAACCUCAUUAUCUGGAAUAUGGACGCACAAAGAAAUUCCACCCCGGAAUGGACGGAGAGUGACAAAUGCGAAUGUUGCAACGGUCCGUUCUUUUGGAAUUUUAAGAUGAUGUGGGAAAUUAAAUCGCUAGGUGGCAGGCAGCACCAUUGCAGAAAGUGUGGAAAGGCUAUCUGCGCUAAGUGCAGCUCCAACGUCUCCAUACUACCGCAGUACGGCUUCGAGUACCCCGUCAGACUGUGCCUCAACUGUCAUGCUAAUCUUACCAGCGAAGAACUACAGCCACUGGCCACGUUUUAUCACCUGAAGCACAGAAUUGUGCACGCCGACGCUGACAUCAACACUAAAAGACUACUGACAGUCGGGAAGGAUAGAGUCAUUAAGAUCUGGGAGAUGGUAGAUAAUUGGAACUGAAUGCAACCUCUUCGUCCGUCGUCAAUCUUGAAUUUGUUAUUUUAAUUUGUUUAACUCUUUGUCGUCAUGUAACAUUCAUCUGGUUAUUUAUUAAUUAUUUUAUUAUUUAUCAAUUAUAUUAUUCAAAUAUUUUGUCAAAUAUUUUUACUUUCAGUUCAUUGCAUUUCAAUUUUGUGUAGUACAUUUAUAUCUGAAUCUUCAUUUUGGUCAACAUUUUCUCCGUGAAUUCUCACUACUUUUUUACUUGCAAUUAAAAAAACUAAUAGAAAUUUA